CCUUCCUCACCGCCGGAGGAGAGAUCCCAGCAUGCCCCUCUCCAGAUGCGGCGGAGUGUGAUGCAUUCUGGGACCUGGGGGUAGAACUUAUGUAGGCUGGGAGACAACUGAAUGCUGGGAGAAAGAAGGGCAGAGUCAGAGAGACGCCAUGGAUCCGUUGGAGACAGACGCUGGGAAUUUUACCAGGUUCCAUGGCUAGUCCAGGGAGGGAUAACUACAGAAUGAAAAGUUAUAAGAACAAAGCCUUAAAUCCUCAAGAGAUGCGAAGGCGGAGAGAAGAAGAAGGAAUACAACUUCGAAAACAAAAAAGGGAAGAACAGUUGUUCAAACGCAGAAAUGUCUCUUUGCCCAAAAAUGAAGACUGUAUGCUAGAGAGUCCUAUCCAGGACCCAGAUAUCAGUUCCACUGUACCCAUUCCAGAGGAAGAUGUCGUCACUGCAGAUAUGAUUCGGAUGGUCUUCUCUAGCGAUGCUGAACAGCAGCUGGCAGCAACACAGAAAUUCAGGAAACUGCUCUCUAAAGAACCCAAUCCACCAAUAGAUCAAGUUAUACAGAAACCAGGAGUUGUACAGAGAUUUGUGAAAUUUCUUGAAAGAAAUGAAAAUUGUACUUUACAAUUUGAAGCUGCCUGGGCAUUAACUAAUAUAGCAUCUGGAACUUUUCUGCAUACGAAGGUAGUGAUUGAAACUGGAGCUGUUCCAAUUUUCAUCAAACUUCUCACUUCAGAACAUGAAGAUGUGCAGGAGCAGGCUGUUUGGGCACUUGGUAACAUUGCUGGUGACAAUGCAGAAUGCAGGGAUUUUGUUUUGAAUUGUGAGAUACUUCCACCUCUUUUAGAGUUAUUAACAAAUUCAAACAGACUUACCACCACCAGAAAUGCUGUAUGGGCCCUCUCAAAUCUAUGUAGAGGCAAAAACCCUCCUCCAAAUUUUAGUAAGGUUUCACCUUGCUUAAACGUCUUAUCACGAUUGUUGUUUAGCAGUGAUCCAGAUGUGUUAGCAGAUGUUUGCUGGGCCCUUUCUUAUCUCUCUGAUGGGCCCAAUGAUAAAAUUCAAGUAGUCAUUGAUUCUGGAGUCUGUCGAAGAUUGGUGGAACUUUUGAUGCACAAUGACUAUAAAGUUGUGUCACCUGCAUUAAGAGCAGUUGGUAAUAUUGUGACUGGUGAUGAUAUUCAAACACAGGUCAUUUUGAACUGUUCUGCAUUGCCCUGCCUCUUACACUUGUUGGGUAGUCCAAAGGAGUCAGUUAGAAAGGAAGCUUGCUGGACCAUUUCUAACAUCACUGCAGGAAACAGAGCUCAGAUCCAGGCUGUCAUAGAUGCAAGUAUUUUCCCUGUUUUGAUUGAGGUUCUCCAGAAAGCGGAAUUUCGUACCAGAAAAGAAGCAGCAUGGGCUAUAACUAAUGCCACAUCGGGAGGCACUCCAGAGCAAAUAAGGUAUUUGGUAACCUUGGGCUGCAUUAAACCACUUUGUGACCUUUUGACUGUCAUGGACUCCAAAAUAGUUCAAGUGGCUUUGAAUGGACUUGAAAAUAUUUUACGUCUUGGAGAACAAGAAUCUAAGCAGAAUGGAAUGAGUGUCAAUCCAUACUGUUCUCUCAUUGAAGAAGCAUAUGGCUUGGAUAAAAUUGAGUUUCUGCAAAGUCAUGAAAAUCAGGAAAUUUAUCAAAAGGCUUUUGAUCUGAUUGAACACUAUUUUGGUGUAGAAGAUGAUGAUCCCAGCAUUGUACCUACAGUGGAUGAAAGCCAGCAACAGUUUGUAUUUCAGCAGCAGGAGGCACCGAUGGAAGGAUUUCAGCUCUAAUGGGUGGUGAAGAAAAUGACUGAAGUGGCUAGCUAGCUUCUGAUUUCUUUUUCACAUUACCAGUAUUGGUAGAAAUAUUUUUAUGUAAUAUGGAAAAGAAAAAAUACGAUGCACUUUUAAAAAGCAAAAAUGAAACAAAAGUUUCCAUUCAGAUGCACCCCUUUUAAAAUAGAUUGCUGUUUGUUGUUUUGGUUGUUCAUUUUGAUGUAGCUAUAUUUGUCUUCUGUUGUUUGAACUUUUAUAGCUGUUUGUGAAUAUACAUUCAUUAUGCAAUUAUUUCACUCAAGCUUGAAAAGGAGAGCUUGGUGUUAUAUAAUGGUUCUGAACUUUUCAAGUAUUCUUGAAAACUGCACAAUAGCAGUGUUGUGAAUAUUGAUAAUUGCAUUUUGGCAGGAAGUCUGGCAGUGCCCAGGCUUUACUAAAUCUACCUCUGUCUUGAAGCAAACAUAAAAGCAAAAAAGCUUCAGAAGCACGAAGUCAUAUAAGAGCUGAAUUAAAAUAUAAUCUUUAUUACUUUAGAUUAUAAAUCACUGUGCUAUAGGUUAUACUCCAAACAAUUGCAACAGAAAGCAUACAGAAUUUAUUUAUAAAACAGAAGAAAUAGUGUGCUGAUUGUUCAAAUGUGGUGGCAGAUAUGAAGAGAGAAACUGUUUGUGUUGAUCACAUUGUAUACCUAAAAAACACUUAAAUAUCUGUGUUGUUCACCUAAAAUACUACUAGUCUAGUAUAUUUUAUAUUUUAUCCAGAUAUGCUAUCCCUUUUGGAAUAGUGUUUAUCCUCACUCUUUAUUUUAAAGAGGAUCAUAACAGAGGUGAUCGUGAGUCUAAAGUAGCUACUUAAUUAAAAAUGUAAUUGUUUCCUCUGAACUUUCAGAAAAAUUUGAAACAUUCUUUGUAUAGUUGUGAACUUUAGUACUUGAAUGACAAAGUUAUAUACUAGAUUUUGUUAAAUACAUUUAAUGUUUCGACUAAAUGAGGAUAGUAAUGAAAACUGCUAGGGAUGGUUUAAUGUGUAGAAGUCUGUCCACAUUAGGAAUAUUUCCUUUUAGUAAUGCCCAGCAGGUGAUCCUGCUGCUUAUUAUGAACUGUGUGCUGAUGACCUUUGUAUCAGAUCGGCCAGUCUGAAUUUGUGUUUUAUGAGUUAACAGCAAGCAGUCUCUUGGAAUAUGAAAGUCUAAAAGAUUUUGAUAGAAAAUUUAUAUUUAUUUACCUACAUAUGUAUUAUGCCCAUAGAACUGUGCUUGGUAGAGUUUUCUAAGAGGAUGUGGGAUUGUUGAACUCAGUCUUUGGAUUUAUAGUUAUAUGCAGGUUAUGGAUAUAUCCAGCUAUAUAUUUAAGAAUACUUAUGUAAAACCUAAUUUACAGCGCUUUUAAGAUGGGGACUAAAACAAUUUUGAUAUGAUUCAUAGUCUAGUCUGUAAAAUAUGUCAUUUAUGAUAGCUUCUGUAAUGUUUUUUCUGGAAAUCAGAGGCAUGUGGCAUAGGAAUGUGUAUAUAGGAGUACUUUUAAAUAGUAGGACACUUUGUAAGCUAUAUAUCAUGAAUCUAAGCUUUAGCAAGACACUUAAGCCCUACAACCAUGAAAUCUAGGUUUAAAUAGUUUCCAUCCAUAGGGCUGACUGUAACUGUUGGUCUUUUUAUACUAUUAAGUAGAAGAUUGUGUCUGUGCCCUUUUUAUUAUAAUGGAAGUUACAGAGUUAAGUAUAAAAAGUUUUCCUUUUACAUUAUAUACAUUCAAAGAAACAGGGUAGUGAUAUAAAGAUUACCAAGCUGAUGGGUGAAUUUAUCACAUAAACACUUUUAUGGUGCCGAUGUUUAUAAGUGUAUGGUGACAGGGUAUUCAGUUCUUUGUAAUCAGUUAGUUGAACUUGUUGAUGCAGCAUACUUCAAACCUAGCCAGCUGUGCCUGCUUUGACAACCCAGUAGUCACUAUAACAAAUCUCUAAGCCAAAUCUUCCAAAAAAUAGCUCUUACAGAAGAAACUUGUGUGUGUGUAUGUGUGUACAUGCAUACACAUACAUGGAAACAUACACACAAAUACAUAUAAUGUUUGCAGAUACAUAGAAUGAAUGACCUAUCAAAGGAGAUUUUAGAAUAUGCCAGUGGGACAAAUGUAUUUCUAAGCACAGAACUUGAACAUACUUUAAACAUUUAAAUACACAUUUAAUUUAUUGGAUCUGCAUCUUGCAUAAUUGAUUAGAUUUGAAUGAAUGGCACUUGGUACCACUUUAAGUCUAAUUCUUUUUUGUUGAACCAAGUCUAAGAGAUAGCUUUGUAGGUGCACCAUGUAAAAUGCCCCCAAAUUUGUUUUCAUUAUCAUAAUAUCGUCCCUCAUGACACAACUUAAUAGGCUGCUUUUCUAAAAUGUGUUGACACUUGUAUAAAAGUACUGUGCAAAUAAAAUGUGUUUUAGGGAAUUCUUAUGAUAUUAAUGCAGAUACCAAGAAAAAUGCUUGAAAGAGUCCAUUUAAUUAAAUUGGUCCUUUUAGUUAAAUUUACUUGAACUUGAAUUUCUACUGGUUGAGCUAUGCAAUCAUGCUUACUUGUUUUAUAACUACUUGAUGCACUGUCCUCGGUUCUUACUGUUCAUUUAGUUGUUUUUACUGUAAGUUUUAAUUUGAAAGUUUAUUCUAGCCUAAUUUUUAGUGUUCUUAACUUUUAGUGUCAUUUGUCACUUAUUGGUAGCACCAAAACCAGGGUAUUUUUUGUUUUGCUUUGUUUUGCUUUUUGUUUUUAAAGUAUAUCUGCUGGCACAGAAAUAGCUUCUCAUUUGGUUCCUGAAACCUGUUUGCAGUUAAAGAUUGACUCAGUGGGUGCAGAACUAAAGAAGAAUUUAUUACCUCCACUUUUAUAGUUUUUCUUCUUUAUUAAGGAGUAUUAUGGAAAAAGUAAGCUUAAAAAAGUCUGUGGAUUUUUGUUACUGUUCUAAAUUCAGCAAUCUACUUGUUGCUUAAUUUGAUACUGUGAAAUAAAAUGAACUUCUAUUCCUUUCAGUACAUAGCACUGAUGUUUUCUGAAAUGUGACAUGCUAUUAAGUAGCCCGGAUAGUAGGGCUCUAAAAGGUUGUUGUCCCCUGAUUGGGAAGUGAAAUGAGAUGAGGAGAUUCUCACCAAACUAAAUGAACAAACAUUUGAGCAUUAUGAAAUAUUAUGAAAUGUUACACACUACUAAACACAA